GAAGGAGCUUCAUGCAGAAUGUGUCUAGGAUGAGCUUGCCACAGUCUUCAGUUUGGAUGUGACCUCUCCCUUCCCAAAGCACUCCAGAGGAAUUGGAUUAUGGAGCCCAACACGACUUUCCCACACAACUGGACUCUUUCUGAAAGAGAAGACGCUUUUGUCGGACUCCAACUUCUUCUAAGGUUCAAGCCACUCUUCAUCCCUUUCUACGGCCUCCUGGUGACCCUGGCUUUCCUGGGCAACUCCUUCUUGAUCUUGUCCAUCAUGGCUGACAAGAAGCUCCACAACGCCACCAACUUCUUCCUGGGCAACCUAUCAGUGGGUGACCUCUUGAUGUGCCUGGCUUGUGUGCCGCCAACUGUCUCAUAUGCCUUUGAGCCGCACGGCUGGCUCUUUGGCCAAGCCAUGUGCCACGCUGUCAUCCUCCUCCAAGCAGCCACGGUCUAUGUUUCGGCCCUCUCCCUCGCAGCCAUCGCCGUGGACCGGUACAUGGUGGUGGUCUACCCCGUCCGGAGGCGCAUCCCCUUGUGGUACUGCGGUCUGGUGGUGGCCGGCAUCUGGGUGGUGUCUCUGGUCCUGGCCACUCCACCUUCCAUUAAUUCGGUCUACUUGGAUCUCAGCAGCACUGGACACAACCUGUUUAUCUGUGAGGAGUUCUGGAGCCAAGCGGAGACCCAGCGGCUGGUCUACUCUUGUGCCAUGCUUCUCAUCAGCUACAUGGUCCCCCUCUUGGCAGUCACCAUCUCCUACUGCUCCAUCUUGGCCCAUCUUCAUCGCCGGAACAUUUCGGGCUUGGCCAACUCCAGCCAGGCUCAGUGGAACAAGCAGAAGCGCAAGGCCUUCGUCCUCUUGGUGGCCGCCAUCUUAGCUUUCUCUUUGUGCUGGAUGCCUCUUCAGGUCCUCAACCUCCUCCGUGACCUGGACCCGGACUUCUCCAUCCUGAGCAAGAGGUACAUCAACGUGGUCCAGCUCUCUUGCCACUUCACCGCCAUGAGCUCAGCUUGCUACAACCCAUUCAUCUAUGCCUCGCUCCACCACAAGUUCAGAGCCCACCUUCGCCUCAUCUUCUGCCGGAGGAAGAACAUCCGUGAUGGCCAUGCACUCUCUUCCAAGUCGGCCCAGGCCAACACCUGCCUCAGCCUGGUCCUUGACACAACCAGAGUGUGAGUGGCAAGAAGACGAGGCUCAGGCCAAUGUCCAUCUCACCUACAGAAGCAAGGACCUCAGCUGGUGUGUAAAUACUCACACAUGGACCUCCCGACAUGCUGCUACCCUUGGAUAUGUUUGCAGGGCUGUGUUUUUGUGGGUGCAGCACCCAGUGUCCAGAAAAACUGUAUGCUUUUCUAAUAUCCUAUGUAAAUAUCUUCACAACAUCUGUGAGCUGUUUCAAAGCAAGAGAGAGAUGUUGCAGAAUAUGUACCUGAAGCUAACACAAAACAAGUCCAAAAUUUAAAUUUCCAACUUUUAAUUUCAUGCUCCCUUUGGCACUUCACUAUCUCGAAACAACACACAGACGUUGUAUUUGGCUCUCAUAAGGAAUGCAAAGGAACGCACAGGAUGGUUUUUGAAGUAAGGCAGAACAAGCAAGGAUCAAUUCCAUUUUGAAGUGUGAAUUGAAAUGAGGACAAAAGGAUGGCCUUUUCUCUCCGGCUAUAUAUUCCAGGCUCAUUCGGGGCAAAGAAAUCACUAAGAAGCGGCCCAAAAAAAUGGGAGAGAAAGAACUAGAAAGGCUUUUGUAAAUACAAUAAAGCUUUCUGAGAAGAGCAAAGAAGCCCAGGCACCGAAACUGAAGUCACAGUGGUAAUAACUGAAUGAGGUAACCUUUGCAGUGGAUGGGAAAUGGAUUAUACUUUUUGGAUUUUGGAUUACCAUAAUUGACACCUGGAGAACUCCAGAAACAAUACUGAA